AACCCCACCAUGAACUUCCUACCAUUUUCCAAAAGAAAUGGCUUACUUAUGAAUGAUUACAUUUCCUCAUUAGGCACCAAAACCAGACAAACCAGUUUUUGUGUCUGCACUCUCACUUUACUACAAUACAUACACACCCUUCACUUCUGUCAGAGCCAAGACAAUGUGUGAGUUUCAGGCACAACCAUUGUUCCAUUCUCUCCCCCUUUCUCUUUUUCUGUCUCAGACAACCAAUGGCUCUUUCAAACUUUCAACUUGAACCACUCUUUCACUUCACCCUCUCUUCUUUCAGCUACCCUUUGCUGCACAAAAGGUAGGAUAUAGACAUUGACUGCUUUCUGGGUUCUCUCAUACAAUGAAAUCAGGUUUUAAAAAUGGUUGGCCUUCUGUUGUGCGUCUUCGUCUUAGAGACAAAUCGGUGACCCCCUUCUGCAUAUUCUCUAAAGUGAAAUCAGCCGGCAACAUACCUGGGAAUACACCUGUCUAUCUCAAUGUCUAUGACUUGACAACAGUAAAUGGCUAUAUGUAUUGGGCUGGCCUUGGUAUUUUCCACUCUGGUGUUGAAGUUUAUGGAGUAGAAUAUGCAUUUGGAGCACAUGACUAUCCAACAAGUGGUGUCUUUGAGGUUGAACCUCGGCAGUGUCCUGGUUUUAAGUUUAGGAAGUCCAUAUUCAUGGGAACUACUAGCUUAGAUCCUUUCCAGAUUAGAGAGUUCAUGGAACGUCAGUCUGCAAAUUACAAUGGUGAUACUUAUCAUUUGAUUGUCAAGAAUUGCAACCAUUUCUGUGAGGAUAUUUGUUACAAACUAACUGGCAAUUCUAUACCAAAAUGGGUCAAUCGUCUCGCAAGAAUAGGUUCCUUCUGCAACUGCAUACUCCCUGAUGCUCUUAAAACUUCAACUGUUCAGCAUGAUCCAAACUUUCAAGGGUGUGAUAGUGAGAAAAGAAGACUGAGAACUGCUUUCAGUUGCUUGUCAUCAAUCUCAAUGCCUCAGAAGGAAGUUUCAAUGUCUUCAUUAUUUAUGCACUCUCACUAUAAAGGGUGUCUGCCACCAUGGGAGUUAAAGAAGUCUAAAAAGGGAAGACUAAAGCAAAAGUUAGAAGACAAGUUCACUUCUCAGUAACUCAUCUCUGUGCUGUAGAGUAUCCGUAGUCUUUCUGGUAACUGAAUCACUGGAAAGAAAUUAUUGUUACUGCUUUCAGUUAUCUGUGCAAGUGCACUUCCUCAAGUGCAAAAUUUCUGUCCAUAUUCAUUUUGAAUGUUCAAGUUCAUGCCUCCUUGUUGCUUCUUCUUUCUUUAUGUGUCUAGUUUUUGCUUGUAAUCUUUGUUUGAUUCGGAAUCUAAUCUGUGUCAGAUAUAUUGCUGUGUCAGCUCAAUUUAUCAUCACUGGAGAAAAUUCUGUUA